AUGGGUAGAUCAGUAAAUCACACCGCUUCAGCCUUCAUGCACCACCAUCGUGCUGGAAACGCUUACCAGAGAAUGGCCAUCGACGCCGUGUACUCCAAUGUGAACCUAAAGGCAAAGAAAAAGUCCAAGUCUGCAUUUGGUGGAGACGAUGACAGUGAUGAUAUUGACUACACAUUAAUAGACUUCGCCAACUCAGGGAACAAGCAGAGAAGGCCAAACGCUGUGGACAGUGAAGCUGUCACAUACUCUGCAGUCAAAAUCCCCCAACCAGGUGUCAGCAAAGAACCAAUCCACAGAGAUGGGGCAGAGGGUGAUGAUGUAAUCUACUACAAGAUCACCCAGCCACAUAGAGAUGUUUUAUUUAGCCAGUCUUCAGCACAGCACAAUGAACCGCUUCCAACACAAAGUGGACAUACACCUGCGGCCUUCCUGGCCCAGAGUGACCCAUUCCCCAUGACAAUGAUGACCCCUGUGAGGGAGACCCAGCAGAGGUUCUUUCAGAGACCCACGUUUCUGCUGUUUCUAUGUGUUCUCUUUUUCACACUGACAGUAAUUCUGGGAGUGCUCUAUUUAUUGGAGGAAAAUGCCCAUGCAGAUUUCAUGGGCAAAUAUGAAUCUCUCCAGUCUGUGCACAGGGUAGUCCAGAACAAAUACUCCCAGAGUCGUAGGGAUCUGUCAGAGGCUCUUGAGAGUCUAAAGGUUCUCAACAUCAGCCAUGGAAGACUGUCUGGAGAGAAAGUAUCCUUGCAGAGACAACUCAAUGAGCUUGAUGGAGAGAAGACAUCCAUUCAAAGUCAACUGAAUGCUGUAAACAAGAGUUUGCAAUUUGAGAUGGACACAAAUAGAAAACUUUCUUUGGAAAAAAAGACAAGAGAGUGGAAUCUUACAAGUGUGACCAGGGAUUUGGAAAAGGAGAAACAACAAAACAAACAGCUUACAAGUGACAAAGAAACAAAAGAAAAAAAACUCUCAGAUUUGAGGACUGAAAAAGAGAAUGCAGAGAGAUUGAGAGAUCAAUAUAACACUUCACUCUCUGAUACACAGAAGAGACUUGAUGAGCAGAAGAUAAGCAAUGCUUUUCUCUCCCACAUCAAGGACAGUAUUGAGGUAGAGCUGAAAAAAUAUCGAGAAACAUUUCUUCAAACCAGAGAUGAUGAACAAAAAAAGAUGCUGAACAGCGUACUACAAGCUUUAGAGAUGGGCUGUGCCCUUGGAUGGAAAAACUUCACAGGAAAGUGCUACUUCUUCUCCUCUGAAAAUGUUACCUGGUAUCAGAGCAGAGAUGCCUGCCAGGCCAAGGGGGGACAUUUGGUUGUCAUAGACACAAAAGGGGAAUGGGAAUUCCUUAAAGAAAAGACACCAGGUGAUACAAAGACCUCUUACUGGAUCGGCCUAACUGACUCAGAGAAGGAGGGGACAUGGUGCUGGGUGGACAACACAGACCUUGGCCUAAAGUACUGGAUGACUAAUCAGCCUGAUGACUGGAAAAACAAUGGGAUGAGACCAACGGGAGAGGACUGUGUCAGAACAAAUGCAGAGGAAGGACUCUGGCUGGAUGCAUUCUGUGACGACAAGUUUCAUUAUAUCUGUGAAGCUACAGCUGCUGUGAAACCUUGAAUCAAGUAUAAUACUGUAUUGUCAAGUUCUAUAUUUUCCUCUGUCACGUUUGUUCUUUCAUUUGUUCAUCAAACAGUUUAUUACAGAAUGCAAAAUGAUGUAUAUGUAUCUGUACAUGUAUGUGUAUUUUUCUGAUAAUAAAAGCUUACUUUGUCUUGUCUA